GGGAUGGGUGUGAGUGAGUAUACAUGUAUGUGUUCAUGUGGUGCGCCCUAGUGGGUGCGAGGGUCGAAUGUCAUCGAUGCAUCACACACACACGGACGGACGGACAUCGCGUGGAAGGCUCUGUCUGCUCACUCAUUCAAGACUUACUCGCGCAAGCAAGUAGAUAUUGACACACACGACGCACAGCGUCUGUGGCUACGGCCUCUCUGCAAAAUGUCCCUCUGCCUCGCAUCGCAUCGCACAACCAAACACACUCACUCACGGGCACACAUAUGCAUCUACACAGCUAAUUAUCGUGCCACCCACCGGUUUGUCAGCCCAGUCAUGCACCCAUCCCAUCCCAUCGACGUGCAUCGUCCGUCCUCUCCCACCACUAACUAGUUGACUCGAUCGACUAAUUGACAGCCACCCCCGCCCCCUUGCCCUCAACUAUCGUCAGGGCCUUGCGCGUCCCCCGCACACUAGCAGGCCCGCCACUGCCACCGCUUUCCUCCUCCCCUGCAUCGGACGGACCGAUCAGGCGCACAGUGGGGAUCUUGGAAUUAUCAUCGGCUGCCGCCCCUCCCCCUGCUGCUGUGGACGCUGACUCGGGCGCUGCUGGCCGGACGGGGGAGACGAUGGUGAUGGCGCGUGUGGGGCGGGCCGCACGCACCCCCUCGUAGGCGUCAGGGUUGGUCACCUGCACACGCAAUGAAGACCGACCGACCGGCAUCUAUCUGGUUUUGUGGUCGGUGUGUAGCCAGAUUACUUACCCGUGUGUCUGUGUCGGCGAUGGAGAUUUGGUGGUCGAGGUGCGGCAUGCCUGUUUCCUUGAUGGACUGGAGGUGGAAGGGCAGGUCUAGCGGCACGGGGAACUGGCCCUCCAAAUCCUCACCUGCCCGCACACACGUGUGUCCUCUUGCCGGUAUCUCUGUAGCGCCGGCCGCGUCCGUCCGUACCUUCGUAGGAGACGAGUGGUGAUAUCUCGCAUCGCAGCACUGGGUCGUCCGUCGCUAUCACUGCACACACAUCCAUUCAUCCUCAUUCAUCCGCUGGUCUGUCUGUCUGUCUGUCUGUCUGUGUCCAGUCAAUAGACGUACCCCCUUUGCGGAAGGACCCGCCCGCCUUGACUAUCCACCGCUGAUGCAGCUGCGGUGGUCAAUCAACACAUGUAUCCACCAUGACCGGAUUGCAAUCCACAGCGUCUCACCCACCUGUCCCAUCAGAAUCACGGCCGUGGUGGGCGAAUCGGCACCUGCGAUUCGCCAGACACCAAGACACUCACACAUGCAUCGCAUCGCAUCCACAAACACAUGCCAGCCAGGCUCACUCACCUGUUGCGUUUUUGACGGGUGCGAAUUCGUCCUGCCUUGACACCUCCAGGCCCACGACGUGGUGGGCGAACUCGAAGCAGUCGAAGAUGAACAGCUCCAGCUUGAUGCCGUUGGGCUCUGAGGGCUCCACCCGCUGACCCGUGGCCAGAUCGAUGUGCGGGAUCUUCUUCUUGGCGACGUGAUACCUGACCACACACACACAUACACGUACACAUACACAUACGCGACACGUGUAUGUGUGAUUGUGUCGCAUAUGUGUGAUUGAGGGAGGUAUGUCUGUUUGACAUGCAUGUCAUGAAGUCUUCUUUGACGAGUCGGUCGACGAACGACACCCUGAAGUAGUGGUUGGCGAUGUUGCCUGAACCAACGAACGAACGAACGAAGAGUGAGUGAGCGAACCGGACAUACCGCACCGCCAGGCGACCAGGCACACCAUGGCUGCCAUGGAUGCACUCGUUUCUGCCCUACCUGCCCCAUACAGCAGUGAUCCCGUCGGCAGCCGGGACCUCUGCCACACAGACAGACAGACAGACAGACAGAGAGACAGAGAGAUGGUGCUGACUUGACCUGACGCCGAUAUAUAUGGCGAGUGCUGUGCUGUGCUGUGCUGUGCUGGGGCGGUGGGGUGGGGGAGUGGCUCACUGACUCACUCACUGACUGACUGACCUUCAGUUCCACCGGCAGCUCAGAGUACUCGACCACACACGCCUUCUCCACUUCACCGCCCUCAUCCUGAAGAAUUUGCAUUGGUGAUGCCAAGGAAAGGAAAUGACACGCCACGUCACGCCACGUCACGUCACGUACACACAGCCACACAGAUGGCAAUGACGAGGUGUGGAUGGAUGGAUGGAUGGAUGGACACACAUGCGAUCGAUACGUACGUGUUUGCGUCUUGAGCAGAAGACGCCCACUUUCUCCUCAGGGCUCGUCUGAAAGAUACACACAUACACACACACACACACAUACAUUCGGGUGUUUGGUGUUUGGUUUGAAUGCAUCGGGCAGGUGUCCUAUCCGACCUUUUCGACGCAUUUGGUGCCGACGUCUGCGUCGGUGGCCUCGCAGUAGCCGACGAAGAGCGGGUCAGCCACCUUGCACAGCACAUUGUCGACGCUGAACACGUGCAUACUGACACACACACACACACACACAUGGCACAAACCACACAGGACAAGAGAAGAAUGGUUGGACGUGGGUGUAGUAAACGUGUGUGCGUGUGUGUCUGUGUGUGUGUGUGUGUGUGUGUGUCUGUGUGUGUGUGUGUGUUGAGCUGACCCCACUACGCCGCGGCGCUGCAUGUCGUCCAGCAUCCCUGCACACUCAUGAAGGCACAGACAGACCGAACGGACGAUGCCUUCAUGUCUAUUCCGUCCUUCUGGUUCUCUCACCGGUCGUUUCCAGCGCCUCGAAGAUGCCUCCGUUGCCAUUUGGGUUCUUGGCCAGCUGCAGUCACCAACCGCCCCACCCAGCACAUACACACGAAGGGGAACACACACACACACACACACAUACACACACACUCGCACCUUAUGUUUGUCCUCGAGCAGGAAUCUUCCGUCGAAGUCGAAGCACGGGAUGAGGCGCUGCGGGAAGAAAUGCACAUCAUCUGACGGCAGACCUGCACACACCAACCACGGCAGAUGGUUUAACACGGGAAAAGCUAAGCUAGCUUCGUUGUGAGUGCACUGACUGACUGACUGACUUACCGAAGAAGCUGUGUUGUUUGAAGAAGUCGACGGUGUCCUCGUGGUUGAUGGGGGAGGUCAUGAUGUACAGGGGCAGCGACACACGCUCGCCAGUGGGGAACUCACGACCAGCUGACACACACAUAUACACGCACAGAGACAAGACGCAAACAAAAACGAGCUAGCUACAAACACACACAUAUAUCACACAUAUGUGUGUGCGCCCGUCCCUACCAACCAAGGUGUUUGAGUCGUCUGGUGCGUUCGCAGAAGAGCUGAAAUAGCGACUUGGACGACAGAGGGGACGCGCAGAAGCAACCUACGUAGGUAGGUACAUCGACCAACACACCACAGGGAGGGAACUUAGGGACACCACACCCAACGCAUCCAGGAGCACCUACCUUUUGGCUUGUCGAGCCCCAGCCGCGUGCCCUGCCCGCCAGCCAUGAUCACCGCAGCAACUGCAGACCACAGCACACCAUCACCAACACAGCCAAUUGAUUGACACACUCGGGGGCGCGGCAUAUAUGCAUCUCAGCGAGGCCCUUCCCUCCCCUGCACCGCACCCUCUCCAUUUGCGAUGUGGUAGAGUCCCUUCCGAUGCCAUUCCAGUAGCCGCUUCUCCGGCACCUCUGACACCUUGGUCAAACUACACGACCUGGUUGAUCCAUUCAUGCAUUCAUCAAAUCAUUCAACUCACGUGUGUCAUGGAUGCGACGUGUGUGUGUGUGCGUGUGUGCGAGUGAGUUACUCACUUGAGGCCGGGUGUCUUUUUGGUUUCCCAGUUGAGUAUGGUGGGCGGCCGCAUCUCCCACCCCUGGUCCAUAUCCUCACGGCCGACAGCCUCGUCAAAUAUCUGCCGACAGACACCACCGAAGCGAAGCAGCACAAACAGGCCAACAGGGAGGGGCACAUCAGUCAUGUGCAGUCCAACUGCACUGCAGCAAGGUGAUUGUUUUCGCCUGGCUGACCGCCUCCAUCUCAUCGAUGUCGACGGCCUCUACAUCUUCUACCAACACCUGCAGCCGGCCCGUCCCACAACAAGUUUGAAAGGGGAAACAAGGCAGAUCAGCAGCUGGCGGUGCAGCCUGCUUGCUUCCUUCGAAGCGCUUUGGUCAUUUCUCACCCUUCGCUCCUCGGCGUCGAGCUCAUCGAAGAACUGAUAGAUGUGCUGCUGACUCCGGGCGGACAGAUCCUGUGGACAAUCACAGAAACACAAGCGAGAGAAGCACUAUUUCUUCGCCCGUUCUGCGUCCGUCCUUACCAGUUGGUGCUCUUGUCCGGAUCUUUGCGUGGCGCUCAUCUCGUUGGUGCAGCACAUGCUGGACCGCAGAAAUCUUGACAAACCUGAGCCACCCAUCGCCUCCUCCC